GAUAUAACCGAUACCACUGCGAUAGAGAUAAAUCCUGAAUCUCCCAUUAGUCCAAAAACUUUAACUUCUUUAAAAGAACCUAAAAAUACUGUAAAAAGAAUGAGCACAGAGAUAGCGGUUGACUCAACUCGUGAACCAACAGAAACUCAUUCAAGUUCAUCCAAUCCCUUUGCAUUCACUCCUAAAACGCUUUCUCCCCUUGCUGAGCCUACACAAAAAAAACAAAGUCUCAAAUUAUUAAAAUCAUAUGGAGGAUUAGAUGGAUUGGUAAAAGGUCUUCAUACCGAUCAACGAACUGGUUUAAAGGACGAGACUGCCUCAUUAAAACCAAUAACUUUAAGGGAGAUAACGGGUGAAAGUAAUGAUAAUAUAGUUGAUGAACAAGAUAAUGUUCAAUAUGAAACAACUCUUACAGCAGAUGAUACUUUAUUUUACCAAAGAAAAAAUGUUUUCGGUAAAAAUAUAUUACCAGUAAAGAAAACAAAGUCUAUUCUUGAGUUAAUGUGGAUUGCCAUGCAAGAAAAAGUUUUGAUACUUUUAAUAAUAGCUGCAGUUGUAUCAUUAGGUCUUGGCCUUUAUGAAGAUUUUGGAGUUAAAGAUCCUGCUACUGAAGGUCAACCAAAAAUUCGAUGGGUAGAGGGUGUUGCUAUUCUUAUCGCAAUUUUAAUUGUUGUUUUAGUUGGUAGUUUGAAUGAUUGGCAAAAGGAAAGGCAGUUUCAAAAAUUAAAUGCUAAAAAAGAGGAUCGUAAUGUAAAAGUUACUAGAAAUGGUAAAGAAGCCCUUUUAUCAGUACACGAUGUCCUUGUUGGAGAUGUGCUCAAUUUAGAACCUGGUGACGUCAUCUCGGUUGAUGGUGUCUUAAUUGCUGGUCAUAAUUUACGCUGUGAUGAAUCCGCAGCUUCAGGUGAAAGUGAUGCUGUAAGAAAAAUGAAAUAUGAAGAUUGUUUAAAAGAACUUGAAAAAGAAAGCGAAAGUCCUAAAGUUGAUCCAUUUAUAAUUAGUGGUAGUAAAGUAUUGGAAGGAGUUGGUACUUACAUUGUUACUGGUGUCGGUGUUAAUUCUUUUUUUGGUAAAAUUAUGAUGUCGUUAAGGUCUGAGGCUGAAGAUACACCUCUUCAAGAAAAAUUAAAUGACCUUGCUGAAAAAAUUGCAAAGCUAGGCGGAGCUGCUGCUCUUCUGAUGUUUAUAGUUCUUCUCAUAAAAUAUUUUGUGAGUUUCCGUAAUGGAGUACCAUCGGUCACCCAUAUACUUGAUAAUUUGAUUAAAAUUAUUAUUUCAACUGUUACUAUCGUAGUUGUUGCUGUACCGGAAGGUUUGCCAUUAGCAGUAACGUUAGCGCUUGCAUAUGCUACAACACGGAUGCUAAAGGAUAAUAAUCUUGUACGUGUUCUCUCAGCUUGUGAAACUAUGGGUAAUGCAACAACGAUUUGUUCAGAUAAAACCGGAACAUUAACACAAAAUAAAAUGACAGUUGUCACUGGGAUUAUUGGUUUAUCUGUUCCAUUUGUUAAAGACGCUGAAACUCAUUCUCUUUCUGCAAACGUUGUUUCGACAAAACCUGUUUCAUUGAAAGAAAUAAAUUCCGAGGUUCCUCAAGAUAUUUCACAGUUAUUGAAUGAAUCGAUAGCCAUCAACUCUACGGCUUUUGAAGGUGAAAUUGAAAAUGGAAAAAAAACCUUUGUCGGUUCUAAAACUGAGACCGCAUUAUUAGGAUUUCUAUUGGAAUUAAACCCCGGUAUUGAUAUUAAAUCAUUAAGAGAAAGUGCUCAAAUCGUACAAUUAUUCCCAUUCAAUUCUGAAAGAAAAUCAAUGGGAGUUGUCAUAAAAAUUGACGAUUCCAAAUGGAGAUUUUUUGUAAAAGGUGCUAGCGAAGUUAUAUUGAAAAAAUCAAAUAAAAUAAUAAAUAUAGUAAAAUCUGACGAUAAUACGACCACCAGCAGCGUAAUUGAUUUAACUGAAGAUAAUUCCGAUAAAGUCCAAAAAGUAAUUGAGGAUUAUGCCACUCAAACUCUAAGAACAAUAGGAAUUGCUUAUCGUGAUUUUGAAAAAUUUCAAUUUGAAGAGAUAACAAAAAGUUCCGAUGAAAUUAAUUACGGAGACUUAUUUGAUAAAUUAACUUUACUGAGUAUCGUGGGCAUCGAAGAUCCAUUAAGAGAAGGAGUGCGUGAAGCUGUUGCAAACUGUGUAAAAGCUGGUGUUAAAGUUCGUAUGGUCACCGGUGAUAAUAUUUUAACUGCCAAAUCAAUUGCUACACAAUGUGGAAUUUUUACAGGUGGGGAGGUUAUGGAAGGUCCGGAAUUUCGUAAUCUUUCUCUAGAACAAAUGAAUAGGAUAUUACCAAAACUUCAAGUUCUCGCUAGAUCUAGUCCUGACGACAAAAGAAUAUUGGUUGGUCAUUUGAGAAGAUUAAACGAUGUUGUUGCUGUCACUGGCGAUGGUACAAACGACGGACCUGCUUUAAAGCUUUCCGAUGUUGGCUUUUCAAUGGGCAUAGCUGGUACAGAAGUUGCCAAGGAAGCUUCAUCUAUUAUUUUAAUGGAUGAUAAUUUUUCAAGUAUUGUCAAAGCUAUUAUGUGGGGAAGAAAUGUAAAUGACGCAGUGAAGAAAUUUUUACAAUUUCAGUUGACGGUCAAUGUUACUGCUGUAUUGCUUACAUUCAUUUCUGCUGUUUCAAGCAAUGAACAAAAAUCCGUUCUUACUGCUGUACAAUUAUUAUGGGUCAAUCUUAUCAUGGAUACGCUCGCUGCUCUUGCUCUUGCAACAGAUCCCCCUACUAUCGAACUAUUAGAUCGUAAACCUGAAUCCAAAAAUGCACCUUUAAUCUCUCUAGAUAUGUGGAAAAUGAUUAUCGGCCAAAGUAUAUUUCAAUUAGUAAUUACUUUAGUCUUAUUUUAUGCUGGUAGUUCCAUAUUGGGAUUGGAUAAGGAAAGUAUAGAGUUGCAAACUGUUAUUUUUAAUACGUUUGUAUUCUUGCAGAUUUUUAACGAAAUCAAUUGUCGACGGUUAUAUGGUAAAAUAAAUAUUCUUAAAGGUGUCACGAGAAAUAAAUUUUUAAUGGCUAUAUUCUUGAUAAUGGUUUGUGGACAAAUUUUAAUAGUUCAGUUUGGUGGUGCUGCUUUCCAAGUAACACGAAUUAGUAUAAUAGAGUGGGUAAUAUGUAUAGUUUUGGGAUUUCUAUCAAUCCCUGUCGGAGUUAUAAUUCGCUUAAUUCCUACUGGUGCUCACACUACAACACCUCCGCCUGCAGUCAAUAUUGAUCUUGAAAAAGAAUGGAGUGAUACAAUUACGCAAGUACAAAAUCAAUUACACUUUUUUAAGACACUUCGUGGUGGCAGGUUCAGAGCUCAUUUUGGUGAUAAACAAGAAAAAUCUGAAACACGGUCGAAGGCAAUCGCUGCAGCUGCGAUGUUGCCAAGUUUAAUUUCUGCUUCAGUAGGAGUACACAUGACCAGAGAGAACACAGUGCAAAACGAGAGUCUAGAUGUGGGAAGACAACUUCGUAAUGAUAACAAUGAGGGAAUAAAUUCAUCAUCGACGUCUAAAAAUCAAAAUGACACGAAUGUGGACACAAUAGAUAUUGAAAAAAGAUGAUUUGAUCUCAAACUUUUCCACCAAAAAAAAAAAUAGUGUAUGAAUAAUUUUUUUAAUGUUUUUUACG